AUGCUCUCUUCGAUCCUGGGCUCCAGGCAGCGACGGCCAAGCUCAGGUCAUUCAACCUCGAUAUCUCCACAUGCACGAACGCGUCUCGAACGUGAUGGUCCGUACAGGGAUGCACCCGAGGACAGACAGGAAUAUUUCCCAAUCGGCGAGGAAGAUGGGAACGGAGGCGGCGAUGACUACGAGGAGGACGAUGAGGAAAUUCAGAAUGAGGAUGAAGAGAACCGACCCCUCCUUCCCAUCUUCGACGCGACUCAAUUAGAUCGAAUCCCGAUAUAUAGUACAACCCAUGCCGUCCGACUGCUUAUUGUCCAUCGCGUCGAAACCACCCUUAGUUGGGACCAGCUUCGCUCCCCGCAAGUCUCUCAAUUCUUGGUCAAGCCCAUCCAGAAACAGAUCCUCGACUCUCACUUCUCACGCGCCACGCUAUAUAUUCUCAUGGCCAAUUGCCUCCAAUUCAAGAAGGAAAUGCAACAGAAUCCAGGUCUGAUCGGUGUGAAUCGGACCAGAGCCAUGAUCUGUGAGCUGCUUGCAAUGAGGCUGCUCAAGGAAUAUUCCGUCCGAGAAUUGAUCGAUGCGCUCUCCUACGACUUUGACCCGCUGCAGGAUGGAAGCACGCCUCAACCAACCGGAGUCUCCACGCCGCACGGGAAUCGCCCCGCGCAUGCGCGUCCCGCGAGGAUAUCGACCAUUGAAGUUGCCAUCCGCGCUCAGGCAAAGCGGCUGCUGGCACAUCCGCUCGUGGUCCAGCAGCUCGAAGCCAUCUGGGCCGGCACCAUCGUAUUUCACUCGGCUGCUGACAGUCUGCAUAGGGCUCCAGCAGAACGCGAACAGGAGCGUCGUGAACGGACUUCGAGUCAUAUAACCCCUCAAUUCUCUUUUGGAACCUUCCGUGGCGAGUUACGGCUCACCAAACCUCCCCAUGAUGAUCCGAUUUCGAUGGCGAAACGAGCCGUGACCAUUUAUAGCUUCCGCAAUGCUUCCUUAUUCAAGCUAUCCCGUCUCCGUGUCGGCCGUUACCGCCAGUUCUUCACCACCUGUUCGUUCGGUGCCAUGCUCGGCUUGCUUGUGGCCAUCCUUGUGCGCCGCUCCCAGUACAUCACCGCGAUGGAGAUUGUUUUCUGGUUCUUCAGUGCCGGUUUCAUGCUUGCCGAAGUGGCCGAGUUCACGGAGCAAGGCUCCGGCUUGUUCUUCAUGAGUUUCUGGAACGUGUUCGACAUUAUCUCCGCCCUCCUGUUCGUCGUCUACUAUGCGUUACGGCUUUACGGAAUCUUCCUUCCCACCGAUCAGCGUCGCCAUAAUGCGUAUAUGGCACACGACAUCCUUGCUUCAACCGCAGUGCUGCUCUUUCCCCGCCUCUUUUCCGUGUUGGAUCAUUAUUACUAUUUCUCCCAACUUCUAAUCGCGCUGCGCGCAAUGGCUUGGGAUUUGGUAGCGGUUAUGAUCUUGAUCAUUAUUAGCUGUAGUGGCUUCUUCGUCGCUUUCACCUUUUCUUUUUCUGAAGUCGAUUUCCACGCUCGCGACGCCAUUUAUGCCCUCUUCCAAAUCCUCAUGGGUUUUACUCCUGCUGCAUGGAACCUUUGGCCAAACCUGAACCUACUCGGAAAGGCGAUCAUGGCCCUCUUUUUGGUCAUCUGUCAUUUCCUCGUCGUCACAGUUCUCAUCACUGUCCUAACGAACUCCUUCAUGGCCGUUGUUCAGAACGCCCAAGAAGAACAUCAGUUCCUUUUUGCUAUCAACACGAUGUCCAUGGUUAAGUCGGAUGCCCUCUUCUCGUAUAUCCCGCCAAUGAACUUGGUGGGUUGGCUUCUGGCCCCGAUGCGGUAUCUCAUGCCAUUCCGCCGCUUCGUGAAGAUCAAUCGUACUGCCAUAAAAAUCACCCAUUUUCCUAUCCUCUUCUCCGUUUUCAUGUAUGAGCGCCUGUUUUUGGCUCGCCUUGCUGUUGAAUCAAUGGAUCUCGUCGAACAGCAGGGUCGUGCGACGACCCGCCUUCCUGCAUUCAGUAUACGUGGUCCAACCGAUAUUUUGAGCCCAGGACAUCGGGUUCGGGAGCCAUCCGUGACCACGUUUCGGAAAGAUCAAGCCCUCGCGGCCGUGUUUCAUCAUCCGUACGCGGGGACAAGUAGGAGCAGAGUCCAUCACGAGGAAGAAAGGUCAGCCGCAUUGCAAGUAAAGUCCCAGACGGUCGUCCAAGACUGGAUGCAAACUGUCGGGCAAACCGGUGCCUCGCCCCCCCAAGAAGAAGCUCGGUCCCUGUUGGAGAGGCUGGAGACCAGACGCCCACCCUUUAGAAGGACGAAGACUGCCUAUGGUCGCCUCCGGACCUCCGCGAAGGGUUCUGGGGCCGCGCAAUCGUUCGCAUCGGAUCCGGAGGAUGCGUUGUCCAGAAUGUCGGCAGUUCAUCCAAUCGAAGAGGAAGAGGAACCUGAAUUAGACACGACAAUUGAAGAAAUUGCGCAACAUACGGACCAUGAUGGCGAAGGAGAUGACGAGAGGGGAAGCAAUGAUGAUGACGAUGCGGACGAAGGCACGGAAGGUCUCACACCUGAACCUUCUAAGACUCGAAUCCCUGGCAUCGGAUGGAUCCAACGGGCGUCUCCCGACAAUCUCAAAAGUUCUACUGCACGGACACGGGCUCCGUUAGAGUCUGAAAAAGCCUUGCAGAUACCGGGAAUGCGUGCGCUUGACGCAACUGAGGACCAGGAACCUUCGCUUGGUCAGGACCAGCGUCCGCGGCGUCACCACAACCGCAAUCUUUCUACCAACACCAUCCUAUACAAUCCAACGCACCCCCGCGAGACAAAAACUGCCCCGAUCUCUCGAUCGACAUCCCCAUACAAGAGGCAACUCGGCUCGGCCACGCCAGGAGCAGCCGCGAAACCCAGACCCCGAACGCCGCGGAGGCCGCCAGGAGGAUCAUCAUCCAAUGUACCAGCUAUAUCUGGUGGAGCGAGCCGACCACGACCCGUCAUGCCUCCUAGCGGACUUCGUCAAAGUUCCUCGAACAUUGCCGGCUUUCUCGCGUUGGAACGACGACGGCCGAGCUUCAGCGCAAUGGCGUUAGAUUUGGCCUCGGACCUAGGCGACAACCGCUAUGGCCCCGACGCCAAUGUCAUGGCUGCCAUGCCCGCCUCCUUUUCGACAAACAUGGAGGCGCUAGCGGCAGCGCAGCGUCGGCCCAGGGCGAAUCCACCGGCGUGGGACUUCCGGGCCGGCGAUGGAGUUGGCCCCAGCGGUGCAAGCAACAUUCGGGCACGAGAAUGGGACCGGGAACGAGAAAAGGAUCGAAAAGAGCGUCGGCGAGAUGAAGGGAGAAUGAGCCGGAUCAUGUUGGCCCGGAUGACCACUCUUGAAGAGGGGUUCCGCGAAGUUCUGAGAGAGGUCAAAGGUUGGAGGAGAGAGGGGGAAGCAAGGUCGGGAGCGACUAGUCUGGGGAGUGCGGAGGAUGUUGGACGCCGGGAUUUUGCCCAGGAGAGCACCGCCCGAAGUGGUCUCGUUGAUCGGGCUGAAAGUGAGACGUUUGCAGAGCGAGAAGACUGGGAGUCGGGGGCGAAUGUUCACGUCGAUCGAUCCAGCGUGUGA